AUGCGCAUUUCUCUCCCCUCUCCGUUACAUUCACCACAACAAGUUUUCAGAAACAAAGUCGAAAGUCCAAACAUUUACGACGAAAUACUGAGUGCAGGAACUAUUGAAGAGGUUUACAAGCUUACAAAUGACAUUCAACCCAAACUAGCCCCGCAGGGCAAGCUCUGGCACCUAGCGAAGAUCAAGCCUUUUCUAGACAGACUCUCUGAGUACACCAGCGUGAUUGAAGUAUUUGUUCAAGCAAAACCAGAUAUAUUGGCUUUUUUAUGGGGCCCUAUCAAGAUCAUAUUGCACUGGUCCAGUCAGAUCAGCUCUGUCCUGGACAAGGUUGCCGAUAUCUUAGAAAAGGUUGGCUACGCCCUUCCGCACUUUACCAGAAUGGCACAGACAUUCAACGCCAGCGAUGCGGUCAUGUCAGCCGUGACGCUUUAUAAUGAGGAUAUACUUGAUUUUUACGCUAUUUUCUUUCACUUCUUUCGUAAAACCAGAUGGAAGCAGUUUUUCGAAGUCUUGUGGCCCAACUGCUUAAAGCAGAUUGAUCCUGUUAUCAACAAUCUCGAGAAACACUCACUUCUAAUGAAAAACGAAGUUACCUUUAUCGACAUACAAGAAGCAAGGGAAGCUCGAGUUCGCACGUCCGAACAGCUAAGCCGAGCCGAAGCUUCACAGCAGGUUCAAAGAUUUCGUGCCCUCAGAUCUCGAGUAUCGCCAGAAUUAUAUGACAGUCGUCUAGAUUGGUUUCGCAACAGAUGUGUCUCUGGCUGCGCGACAUGGUUGUUGAAGGAUGGAGAGUUUGGGGAAUUGAUGGACCCCAACAGCAACAACACAACAUACAUUUGGCUCCAGGGAAUCCCCGGCGCGGGGAAGACCUAUCUGUCGGCAGCAGCCAUUGACCAUACUAGAGAACAUCACCAGACACUCUUCGCAUUUAUAUCACACAGAAUGAAAAACAGCCAAUCUGCCUUAGCAAUCCUUCAUUCCCUUGUCUUUAAAGCUGCUGAGGAUGAUCAAAGCUUUCAAGCUCAUUUGCUCGAUUCAAAGGAACGAGAGCUUCAAGGUAAUACAAGUCAUGUGUUGGAAUUGCUCAAAACGUUUCUUACUACAGCUAGGCGCACACACAUCAUCAUCGACGGACUCGAUGAAAUGGACGAAUACGAACGCCAGAUUUUGUUGAAGCGUUUCGAUGAGUUAUCCAAGGAUUGCAGUGAUCUGAGACUCAUGAUCUCAAGCCGAGCUGAAGAUGACAUUGCCACAGCCCUCCAAGAUAGAGCCACGGCGAUUCGGGUUGAUCACAGGAACUCGGGGAGUAUUCAAACCUACAUCGACCAAAGGUGGGAACGAUGGUUGGCAAAUCAGGGAUUUGGCAUAGCAGUCAGAAAGGAGUCAUUUCAAUCAGUUUCACCAAUACUGGCCAAGGCAAACGGUUGGAUCGGCUGUGCUCCGCUGGCAAUGACGGUACCAGAAAUGGAACAAGCACUUACUGUCAAAUUUCACACCAGAGGGAAUGUGAAGCAUGUGCCGACGAUUAUUAACAAGUUCAACUUUAUCAAGAUGUGUGGCCCAAUCAUAGAGGUUGUAGAAGAGAAACUGCAGUUUGUCCACUUUACAGUUCAUGAAUACCUUUUCAGCAGCACCGUCACCGAUUCGAUCGACAAAGAUUUCUCUACCAAAGAGCUUGCGGAAACUAUUAUCUCCUAUCUGAAUCUAACACUCAUAGAUGAGGAUUUGGAGGUUGACGAGAUCCGGGGCAACAUACUCAUCGGAAAAUAUCGGCUUUUUGAAUAUGGAUGCCAUUACUGGCCUGCAUUGGCUAACAGAUCUCCAGAGGACACAUGGAUCAAUUUGAAUCCUCUGAUUACAUCAGAUAUGUUAUUACGAAUCCAGCAGGAACACGCAAGUCUCGCGGAUAGCGGAGAUAAUCUGAAGUUAUCUUUGCUACGAUCCAACUACGGCUCCAACCUGUUUCGAUGCACAUAUGCUUUCUGUGAACAUAGUUUCCGAGGUUUCAAGACCUCUGGAGAACUAAGAGUGCUACUCACAAGUGUCGCAAAGUCGAGUUGUUCUCUACCUUUAACCAAGGAGCUUCUCGCUUUAGGUGCUCCUAUAGAAUUUCCGCAGGAUGAAAAAGGGACUGGACUUACUGCCCUCCACCUGGCGUCCAAGAAUACUAGUAGAGAGGCCGCACUUCUCAUGCGAUACUUAAUUCUCAAAGGCGCAGCCGUUCAAUUGAACACAUCUCCUGCCAACGGCAUUUGGUCGGGAAAGGGAGCUGAGGAGAUGGCGAGGUGGGUUGGCAUGACUUGGGAGGAGUUACAUGACCAGUAUCUUUCAUCCUUACCAGAGCACGAAAGGAAGUAG